AUGAUCCGCAUAGACGGUGUGAGCAGUACAAGCGAGCGUGCGCAGAUCACGGAGAAGGAUGCUGCAUUGGCGGUGGUCAGUGAUGUGGCACAGGAAAUUGAUCCGGUGAUUGCUAAACGAGUGCUUCGGAAAAUCGAUCUCUAUUUCAUGCCUGCGAUGUUGAUAGGGUAUGGCAUGGUGUACUAUGACAAGGCUAUUCUGGGCAGUGCUUCUCUUUUCGGAAUGACGACGGACCUGAAGUUGUCAAUCGUUGACAAUUCAACAACACCUCCAUCGGUAGACACGUCGCGUCUUAGCUGGGCCACUUCCAUCUUCUAUUUUGGCAUGCUGGCAGGUCUUUAUCCGAUGACUCUCGUCCUUCAACGAUUUGACACACGUUAUGUUCUUGGCCCCGUCGUACUGAUCUGGGCCAUUGUAUGUGCAGCCACCGCGGGUGUGACAACUUGGCAGGGCCUCUUUGUCCAGCGAUUUUUCCUCGGAGUGAUCGAGAGUGUUAUCCCGACUGCUUUUAUGACCACCGUGAGUAGCUACUAUACGCAAAAAGAGCAAUCAAUGCGACAAGCCUGGUGGUUUUCUGGGACUGGUUGGUUUACCAUAAUUGGCGGUGCCCUGAACUAUGGAUUUGGUCAAAUUACCUCCGGAUCCAUGGCCAGAUGGCAAUAUAUCUACAUCCUUGCAGGUGGAUUGACAUUCCUAUUCGGCCUCUGGUGUUGCACGAUGCCAAAUUCCCCAGUAUCAGCCUGGUUCCUGACUGCCGAGGAGCGCAUUGUCGCCGUGGAGCGCCUUCGAAAAGGGCAGACCGGGGUUCGAUGCCAGAAAAUCAAGCUGGACCAUGUGAAAGAAGCGUUUACAGAUGUAAAGCUGUACUUGAUUGCCAUCAUGAUGGCAGCAGCUUACACCAUCAAUGGCGCUAUCUCCGGAUUCGGGCCGUUGAUCGUCUCCACCUUUGGAUACGAUACUUUAGACUCGAUUCUCUUUCAAUUUCCUGUCGGUGCUGUCUGUGUUAUUUUCAUUCCCCUGUGUGGCUAUAUACCGACAGUUAUCCCGAAUACGCGCAUUCCAAUGCUCAUAGCCUGUUGUCUUCCUGUUAUCGCUGGAUGCAUCAUGAUCUGGAAAUCGGAAUGGGGCUAUCAGCCCGCAACUCCGGUUGUUGGCUACGCAUUGACGGGGUUUUUCGGCCCUGUAGUGAGUCUGAUUAUCACUCUCGGUGCUAGCAAUGUCGCUGGUGCGACAAAGAAGUCAAUCAUGGCCAGCAGCACCUUCGUCGCGUACACCAUUGGAAAUAUCAUUGGACCACAGCUUGUCAAGAGUACCACCAAGGCCCAGCAUUACCCCGAGCUAUGGCAAGGCAUGAUCAUCUGUUACUGUAUCACGAUCGCUGCGGCCAUUGGCCUAUACAUUGUCCUGUGGAGAGAAAAUCGGCAUCGGGAUCUAUUAGAGCUGGAUGAAAUCCAGCGUGACAAGAUUGCCUUUGAUGAUCUUACUGACAAACAAAAUCCGUUCUUCAGAUACGCUCUAUAG